AUGACUGUCGAGGCCGCUGGUCUCCUUCUUCCCAGUGAUGUCCUAAUCAUUGUAAUGGAAAACCUUGGUAUAGAAGACCUGAUCAAUCUAUCCUACACGUGCAAAUUCGUAAACCUCUUGGUUCACGAAUUUGGAUGGUCGCUCUACCUCAGAAACAACGUUCGUUCGUCAUUCACGUUACAGCUGGCACGUAGAAACUGGUCUUCUUUCGAUCAAGUUCGAUACGAUGUUGCGUCUGAUCGCUCCUGGGCUCAGGCCAACUUUAACGCGCGACCAUUAUCACACCCUUGGCACAAUAAACUUCAGCCUAAAAUUGCCCUGUCUGCUUCUGUAUUGCUGGUUGCCGCCGGUCACACUAUCUACAUAUAUCAUAUAACCGGCUCUUCCUCGCUUGAUGAUGGUGCCCCUGGAGUCUUAUAUGAGGGCUCAUAUUCAUUCACAGACCGGCGAGAAAUCACAAGCAUCACCUUCAUUCCUGAUGGUCAUUCGGAAAGGACAGUAGCUGUUGGUUUCGAAGAUGGACAUAUACAUCGUGUAUUUCUUCCUCAUUUCCAACAAGAGCAAUCCAACAAUAACUUACCAUUGGCAUUGAACAUCGAACGCAAUUCUCCUCUCGGAUUACGCGUCGUGGAUAUAGUAGAGAGCCUGACGUGCUCAGACGACAUGCUCUUGUCUCUAUCAGCUUUCGGAACAGCAGGCCUUUGCAACUUAUCUUCAGAUUCGCCGCUCGUCAGCGCCAUAAACCUGGACUGCAGAUCUUGGUCCAGUUUUAUCUGCAUGAGGUCUUCUACGCCGUUUACGGCAUUUGGCACGACAUCCCCAAAUCCUCUCGUCGUUCACGCCAUAACUCCUUCCUCAUUAUCACCCGCACCAUUUGCCAUCCUGCAUCCCACGCGUGAACGCUCCACUGCAGUGUACGAUAUCACGGACGCACCACCAUCUGCACCAUGGGGUUCCUCAAAACAGGUCAUCGUAUCCGGGUGGUACGAUGGCGCUGUUCGGGUGCAUGAUAUGCGCUCAGGUCGGCGUGAUUCAGGGGUGACGGGCUCCCCUGCCCCUUUGCGUCCCAUGCUCACGUUCUGUGAUCCCUGGUCUGAUGAGCCCAUCUAUUCUGUGUCAUGUGGAGGCGGUUCUUCAAGUUUUGUUGCAGCAGGCACUGCCCGUCACAGCGUUGUUGCAUUCUGGGAUGUUCGCCGUCCCACAGAGGGAUGGAGUGUUCACGCUCCGGGCAAUGACUCAUCUCCAGUCUACUCCCUGGUACUCGAGAGCUCUCGUGUAUUUGGCGUAACGCAAAGUCGACCCUUUGUGUUCGACUUUGGGCCCGGUGUGACUAAAGAAACAUAUCCUUUCCUACCUGCUUCUACACGCUCCCAGUAUGACUCUCUCAAACUAAAGAAGAACGGAGUGGGAUACCGUGUCACUCAAUAUAAUCACAGUCGUUCAUAG